AUGAACCUCGUCUCCGCACUACUUGCUGUCGUCGCCCUCGUCUGCGUUUCUGGCCAAGUCGAGGCUAGGAACUGCAAAAGAAAUAAAGUAUACUGUGGCUCCACCUUGAGGAGCAUUGCGACCGGGAACAACUAUGACCCGGUGAUGGAAGCGACAGGUCACACGGACGGCAACGACUUGUUCUAUUGCACAGACUACGACGGCAAUAUUAAGUGGAUCCAAUACUGCCAGGGUGGUUGUCGGGACAACGAUUGGAAAGACGACACUUGUAAUUGGUAG